GAGGGAGCUGUGCGCCCGGCCCGGCGCACGCACGGCGCCGCCCGCUCCCUCUUGCCGCCGCAGCCGCCGCUGGGCCCGCCCGCCGGGGAGGGGCUCCCGGCCUCGCCGACAGUUGCUUCCUGCUUCCAGCACGUCCUCGCCGCUUGCCGCCGGUCGGGUCGUGAGAGUCCUGGCCGAGAGCCGCCCGCCGCAGCCGCCGCCGCCCGCUCGGCCCCUGCCCGCGCCCCAGCCUCGCCCCGCGGCCAGCCCGGCCGGCUCGCGCCCGCAGUCCGCGCCCCCACGCCGCCCCACGCCCGCCCCUGGCCAUGCUGUCCUUCCAGUACCCCGACGUGUAUCGCGACGAGACCGCCGUACAGGAUUAUCAUGGACAUAAAAUUUACGACCCUUAUGCUUGGCUUGAAGAUCCAGACAGCGAGCAGACAAAGGCUUUUGUUGAGGCCCAGAACAAGAUUACUGUUCCAUUUCUUGAACAAUGUCCUAUCAGAGGUUUAUACAAAGAGAGAAUGACUGAACUGUAUGAUUAUCCCAAGUAUAGUUGCCACUUCAAGAAGGGAAAACGGUAUUUCUAUUUUUACAAUACAGGUUUGCAGAACCAGCGAGUAUUAUACGUACAGGAUUCCUUAGAAGGUGAAGCCAGAGUGUUCCUCGACCCCAACAUACUCUCUGACGAUGGCACGGUGGCUCUCCGAGGCUAUGCAUUCAGUGAAGAUGGUGAAUAUUUUGCCUAUGGUCUGAGUGCCAGCGGCUCAGACUGGGUGACGAUCAAGUUCAUGAAAGUUGAUGGUGCCAAAGAGCUUCCAGAUGUGCUUGAGAGAGUCAAGUUCAGCUGUAUGGCAUGGACCCAUGAUGGGAAGGGGAUGUUCUACAACUCAUAUCCCCAACAGGAUGGAAAAAGUGAUGGUACAGAGACAUCCACCAAUCUCCACCAAAAACUCUGUUACCACGUGUUGGGGACUGAUCAGUCAGAAGAUAUUUUGUGUGCUGAGUUUCCUGAUGAGCCCAAAUGGAUGGGUGGAGCUGAGUUGUCUGACGAUGGUCGCUAUGUCUUAUUAUCAAUAAGGGAGGGAUGUGAUCCAGUAAACCGACUCUGGUACUGUGACCUACAGCAGGAAUCCAAUGGCAUCACUGGAAUCCUGAAGUGGGUGAAACUGAUCGACAACUUUGAAGGAGAAUAUGACUAUGUGACCAAUGAGGGGACGCUGUUCACCUUCAAGACAAAUCGCCAUUCGCCCAACUAUCGCCUGAUCAACAUCGACUUCACGGAUCCUGAGGAGUCUAAGUGGAAAGUGCUUGUGCCUGAGCACGAGAAAGAUGUCUUAGAAUGGGUAGCUUGUGUGAGGUCUAACUUUUUGGUGUUAUGCUACCUCCAUGAUGUGAGGAACGUUCUGCAGCUCCACGACCUGGCCACGGGCGCUCUCCUCAAGACCUUCCCACUGGAGGUCGGCAGUGUUGUGGGGUACAGCGGUCAGAAGAAGGACACCGAAAUCUUCUAUCAGUUUACUUCCUUUUUAUCUCCAGGUAUCAUUUAUCACUGUGACCUCACCAAAGAGGAGCUGGAGCCACGAGUCUUCCGAGAGGUUACCGUGAAAGGGAUCGAUGCUUCCGAUUACCAGACAGUCCAGAUUUUCUACCCCAGUAAGGAUGGUACAAAGAUUCCAAUGUUCAUUGUACAUAAAAAGGGCAUAAAAUUGGAUGGCUCUCAUCCUGCUUUCUUAUAUGGCUACGGCGGCUUCAACAUAUCUAUCACACCCAACUACAGUGUGUCCAGGCUCAUCUUUGUGAGACACAUGGGCGGUGUCCUUGCAGUGGCCAACAUCAGAGGAGGCGGCGAAUACGGAGAGACGUGGCAUAAAGGUGGUAUCUUGGCAAACAAACAGAACUGCUUUGAUGACUUUCAGCAUGCUGCAGAAUAUCUCAUCAAGGAAGGUUACACAUCUCCCAAGAGGCUGACUAUUAAUGGAGGUUCAAAUGGAGGCCUCUUAGUGGCUGCUUGUGCAAAUCAGCGUCCUGACCUCUUCGGUUGUGUUAUUGCUCAAGUUGGAGUAAUGGACAUGCUGAAGUUCCAUAAAUAUACCAUUGGUCAUGCCUGGACCACCGAUUAUGGGUGCUCAGACAGCAAACAACACUUCGAAUGGCUUAUCAAAUAUUCUCCGUUGCAUAACGUGAAGUUACCGGAGGCAGACGACAUCCAGUACCCGUCCAUGCUUCUCCUCACCGCCGACCACGAUGACCGCGUGGUCCCACUCCACUCCCUGAAGUUCAUUGCCACCCUUCAGUACAUCGUGGGCCGUAGCCGGAAGCAGAGCAACCCCCUGCUUAUCCACGUGGACACCAAGGCAGGCCACGGGGCUGGGAAGCCCACGGCCAAAGUGAUAGAAGAAGUCUCGGAUAUGUUUGCAUUCAUAGCACGGUGCCUGAACAUCGACUGGAUUCAGUAAAUGGAAUUUCCCACUCCCUCCUGACAGCCGGGGAAAACCUCAAGGGCUUUCACACCGUUAACCCGGAGAAACCACUGGGCAUCAUGCUUCCCCACAUGGACACUAUUCCCGCACUCACAGACUGCAGUUGAACAGAACUGCUGCGGGAAUUUUAUCUUUUUUAGGCUUCUCCUUUUUAGCAAGCCCUUGGCGUUUCUUUUUCCACCCUGUGCAGGCACAUGUUUUAAAAAAAAAAAAAAAAAAAUUAAAAAGGCAUGUUUGGAUAAAUAGCUAAAUGGCAGCCAACACAUCGUGAAUAAUAGAUCGCUGAAUUCAGAGCCGUAGUCGGGCACACUUCAUAUAGAGCACUCAGUGAAAUGUGCUUCUGUAACAGUAACCAAUAUAGCUUUAAAUGUGAGAGCUGUUCUCAUGAAAAAGACUUCUUUACAACAAUAAUAAAUGUUAUUUAAGAAUGGGA